CCCCCAGAACGACAGCCCACGUUUUAGUCUCCUCAAACGUCUCAACGGGAGUACAUCAACAAAAAUUACAAAAAUGCGGUGCGGUCAGUAAUUAACUUGCGAAAUUGAAGUCGGAGUAAGCGUGUCGCCCUUUUACCAUUUUGAACCCAAAAUUAACUCGUUUUGAUUUGAGGACUCACUGCAAACUAGUUUUAAACGAACCAAAAUUAAGAUGCUGACAAAAAGCAAAACGCUGGUUGGCAUGUCGCACUUGUUGCAAAAGCAAGUCCUGGGCUUUCUGCCACCGUCAACGUUUCGCUCGGAGAGCCACUAUACAGCGCCCAUUCUGCCGCGCAAGGACCUAAAGCCCAUGGAGAAGGUGGAUAGGUCAAAGGUAUACGAUGCCUGUUGGCAAACGACGCGACGGACCGAGUACAAGUGCCGCUCCGAUCCAGAGUUUCAGAUGCCCGCCUUCAUCGAUUCGCGCAAAAACUGUUUAGAAGACUGCGCCACCGAUAUGUUGGCCAUCGAUCUCACCCACUACAAGCCCUCGGACAUGGGCAAACGGAAAUAUCCACGGACCUGGUUCGAGUGCGUGGUCAAGCGGCGGAAGCGUAAGGCCCACUGUGUACCCAUUCCGCCGCCGAUGCCGCGCCGCAAGCGCAAGUCGAUCAAGGCCAAGUGCCCCGAGGAUUUGUGUGUCCUGGGCAAACUGGAGCUUAAUCUGAUCAAGCCCUGUAUUAAGCCGCCAUUCAAGUGUCCGCGCUUCAAGAUGCCCAACUGUUGUGUGGCCGCCCGCAAUCCGCCCAAGUGCCGUCGUCCAUUUAGACGUUGUGGCACUAGACCGAAGACCAAGUAUCCAAGUUUCUCCGAGUGUCGGCGUGAUCCCUUCCCGGAUGCUCGGCCCAUCGAGUGCAACUGCCUGCUCAAGCCGGCCAUCUGCGAUAUGUGGCGCCACUACCGCCGCCGAUUUGGCUAAUCAACUUCGAUUUCAUCCAAGGAUUUUUAUCAAGUUUUGACCUUGCUAAAUGACUGUUUUGAAAGCCUGCCGCAUGUCUAAAUUCAACUAGCAACAAAGUAGCUUUCGUAUUUUUUGAGCAUAUGACAAUUCUAUUAUGCUCGUAUUGAAGAACUAUAAUAACCGGUAAAAAAUAUUAGAUAUGAAUAAAAACUGUAUGUGUAAGUUCA